AUGAGGAAUUUGAGUCAUGAUGCCUAUACUGUUGGCUGGGUGUGUGCCCUCGACUGUGAGCUCAACGCCGCUCGAGCGCUGCUGGAUGAAGAGGAUGAGCCCUUGGAGCCAGCUUUGCACGAUGAGAAUCUCUAUCUCUUGGGGAGAUUCGAAAGCCACAAUGUUGUUAUCACCUCGACUAGCGGCUAUGGAAUGACACCGGCUACUCAAGCCGUGACAAACCUUAUCCGAUCGUUUCCGAAUGUACGUUUUGGUUUGAUGGUGGGAAUUGGCGGAGCGGUGCCUUGCGAACCAAAUCUCGCUGAACCAAUGAAAGACAUUCGUCUUGGGGAUAUUGUUGUCAGCGAGGCUAAAGGAAAUCACGGCGGCGUAUUAAACUACGAUAUGGGAAAAUGGAAGAAUGACAAGGAAUUCUCAAUUGAAUCACAUCUGAACAGCCCACCCGGUAUCCUACGACAGGCAGUGACCCAGCUACGAUUGGACCAACGAUUUCGGAAAGGAAAAAUGCCGCAAUUCAUAGAACAGGCGAUCAAUCUGCUACGAAGUUUAUCUGACGUGGACGACCCUUCUUUCCCGGGUUGGGAGGAAGACCGGCUUUUCAACUCCUGGUAUGACCACGUGAAUUCAGCACAUCAAGACUGCCGUGAAUGUGACUCCACGCAAACAAUCGAACGUUCGGCUCGGCCUUCGAACAAUCCGGUGGUGCAUUAUGGGCUUAUUGCCUCCGGAAAUGCUGUUAUGCGAUCAGCCACAUUGCGAGAUCGUCUUCGCGACGCAUGGAACGUGAAGUGCUUUGAGAUGGAAGCCGCGGGCUUGAUGAAUCAUUUCCCUUGCCUUGUUAUCCGUGGAUUAUGCGAUUAUUCCGACAAUCACAAGGCAAAAAGAUGGCAGUCCUAUGCCGCAGUAGCUGCCGCUGCUUAUGCCAAAGAUCUUCUUCGCGUUAUCGGGGUGGGGAGAAUAAAAACUACGGAGACAGUCAUAAACGCGAUCAGCCACGUGGAUGAUGGUGUUCAGGAGCUGAAAAAAACCAUUGAUGACGCCUACAGAAAAAAGGUUCUAGACUGGCUCAGUCUGAUAGACCAUGAAAGUGAGCAAAGUGACUUCCUCGCCUCACGACAGGAAAGCACUGGUCAGUGGUUUUUGAACUCCGAAGAAUUCCAGCGGUGGCUCAACGAGCCUAAUCAAACACUACUCUGCCAGGGUAUUCCCGGGGCUGGAAAGACCGUAAUGGCAUCUAUAAUCGUUCAUGAUCUGCACCGACGACUCUCGCAAGUCAAUGGUGUUGGUAUCACCUACGUGUACGGCAAUUUCCUCCGCCGCAGUGAGCAACAGCUCCCAGCCAUUCUCUCCUCCCUGCUCAAGCAACUAUGCCAAUCGCUCCACGACCUACCGGCUUGUGUUACCGAGGCCUAUGAGCGUUUCUGGACCCAUCGUAUCUUUCCAUCAUCGGAGAAACUUCUUCAGAUGCUGGGAACGGUGAUGGCCUCGUGUCAAAGAGCAUAUGUCGUUGUCGACGCCUUGGACGAGAUUGAUACUUCAAACAGCACUUGCCGUCAGCUGCUUGCUGCUCUAUUCAGGCUGAAAAGUCUCGCUUCUAUGAACUUCCUGGCGUUGUCACGGCAUGUAGCGGAUAUUUCAGGCAUAUUCAGGAGGAACGGCAGUCAUUUUGUGGAGAUUCGGGCGCUCGAUAAUGACAUCCGCUGUUACGUCGAUGCACAACUAAACAGAGCACGUCCCUUCGUGUCGGAAGAUCGUGAUCUGAGAUUGAAUAUCAGAGAAACGAUUGUCUGUGCCGUGGACGGGAUGUUCCUCCUUGCAAAGCUGCACUUGGACUCUCUGAGUGACAAGGUCUGCAAAGGCGAUGUCAAAAGAGCAUUAAAAAGUCUUCCAACUGGAUCGGAUGCGUAUGAUCGGGUUUACGACGAAUCCCUAGUCCGAAUACAGAGUCAGACAGAAAAUCUCAAGCACCUUGCUAUGCGAGCGUUAAUGUGGACCAUCUGCUCGAAGGGGCCUCUCAAUGUUGAUGGGUUACAACAAGCUCUUGCUAUUACAAGCACAACAAAGACCUUGGAUGUAGACAACAUCCCUGAUAUAGAUCUGGUGAUCGAGGUGUGCUCGGGAUUGAUCAACUUCGACGAAAAGAGUAAGGUCAUUCGACUCGUGCAUUUUACCGCACAGGAGUACCUACAGCGCAAGUGGAAACAGUGGUUCACUGGUGCGCAUUCUGAAAUUGCUUGGGUUUGCGUCUUCUACCUUUCGCUAGGGAAGUCCAAGGCAGGGAAGGGCUCGGAUGUGCCCAACAGUCAAUCGUCAUCUUUUCAUCACUACGCUUCUACAAAUUGGAAGUAUCAUGCACAGUUCAACCCGACUGAGGAUAUAUUCACCCUUCGCUUACUUGUUGACCCGUUCAUUGUCGCCUAUUGGAAUAAGACAACAAUUCCACGGUGCCAUUGUGGCAAUGGAAGCUCCAGUAGUUGCUUCACGGCUCCUACAAAUGCGUCUCCCUUGCAUUUCGCAGUUCAUCAUGGAACAGAGACAUCAGUCAAACUCUUACUUCAAAAUGGUUCGGACUGUCACAAGAAAGACAAAUAUCAACGAACUCCCCUGUCUUGGGCAGUCGAAAGAUCCGUCGUACCCACGACUCUAGCCCUGCUCGACGCAGGGGCCAAUGUCAAUCAUGUUGAUAUGUUUGGUGGGACACCUCUAUCAUAUGCCGCAGUAAUGGGAAGCCCUGAAAUAGUCAAACUUUUACUACAAAGAGGGGCCAAAGUCGACAGGAAGUGUCACGCUGGAGAGACACCUUUUGACAGAGCCUGUGCUCGGGGGAAAAGCAAAAGCCGAGACGCUAUCAUCGGGAUUUUUCUAGCCCAUGACGCUGCCUUAGUAGCUAAGAGUAUGAGCCUUGUUGUUGACUUUGAAGAGAUGACGGAACUGGCAAGAUUGCACAAGCGGCAGGAUUUCGCUCGGGAGAUUGAGAAACGUUCUUCGAAAUUCCAAAGCGCCUCACUUCUUGCGUCAUCGCGCAACGGCAAUCUCGGCGAUGUCAAGCGUUUGCUGAGAGAGGGCGCGAAUCCCGACUACAGAGACCCACCCUGGGGCAGGUCCCCCCUUUCUCAAGCAGCUGAGUAUAACAGGACUGCUGUUGUCACUCAUUUGCUAGAGAGUGGCGUCCAUCCAGAUAUGCUUGACACAAAUGGGUUCGCAAAUUCCCAACGCAACGCGGGCAGAACUCCUCUGAUGUGGGCCAUCAGCAACGGUCAUGUCCACCCCUUUCGUGAACUUCUGAAACAUGGCGCAGAUCCAGAAAAGGGGGGCCACAGCAAGAAUAAAGGAGGAGCUCUCCAUUGGGCUACAGAACUUGGUCGUACGGAGAUGGUUAGAAUUCUGCUAGAAAAGGAUCCCCAAAUCAACGCCCGCGACAGCCAGCAUCUUCGGACGCCUCUGACCUGGGCCGCAGAAAAAGGUCAUCUACAGCCAGUCAAGCUUCUCUUGAGCCACGGAGCUGAUCCCAAGGUUCCCGAUAAACAUGCUCGACAACCUCUCACACGGGCCGCAAAAAACGGAUAUCUUGAGAUUGCAAAGCUUCUCAUCGAGGCUGGCGCGGAUAUUCUAGCCAAAGAUCAACAUGGAUGGACGCCACUUCAUGCAGCCGCAUACAGUGGUCAUUUGAAUAUCUGCAAGUUUUUGGUGGAAAAGGGAGCUGAAAUCAAUAAUGGCAACAAAGACCAGUGGACUCCUCUCCAUGAAGCUGCACAUCGUGGUCAUAUUCAUGUUAGCAAAUUCUUGCUGGAGCACCAUGCCAAACCAGAGCUGGUAGAUAACCGAGGAAGAUCGCCAAUUUAUCUUGCAGAAGCAAAGGGUCAUCUCGAAUUGGCUAAGGUGCUACGCAAGCAUGGGAUUGACCAUAAAAGUGCAGUCGAUGUGGCGAAGUGA